AUGUCUUACAAUGGUGGAAAGGACUGCUUGGUCAUGUUAGUAAUACUAUUGGCCACGAUUCACAAGAAGAUCUCAAAUAAUAGAAAAGAUCUUACUGAGAUACCCGCUGACUAUAAACUCGACUCGAUAUACAUAAAUUCUGAACUCCCUUUUCCCCAACUAGCUGACUUUAUCGAAAGAUCUACCAGGCACUAUCAUCUCAAUCCCAUUAUUAUCAAGUCUUCAUUGAAAGAGGGCUUCGAGACAUAUUUGAAUAAAGUAAAUACUAAAGUCAAAGCUAUAGUAGUUGGAAUUCGACACUCUGAUCCAUAUGGGUCUCAAUUACAUUACGAGCAAAUGACUGAUCAUAACUGGCCCAAGUUUUUACGUAUCCAUCCAAUUUUGCAUUGGAAUUAUGUUGACGUAUGGGACUUCUUGAUUGGCUGUGACUUGGGUUAUUGUGAGAUGUAUGAUUUGGGCUACACAAGCUUAGGAGGAAAGGAAUCAACAAUGAGAAACCCCUGUUUAAGGAUAGAAGGAACAGAUAAUUAUUUACCCGCAUAUAUGCUUUCAGAGAAAGCAGAUGAGCGAGAAAGGUUGGGUAGGAAUGUAAAUUGA